AUGUUUAUAUGGAAGUCGAGAAAAAGAAAAACAGAAGCCAAGCACCCGCGUAAGUUUGAUGUUUCUUUCACUGUUAUAAAAUGUAAAGCAAUUAAUGAGCUUUAUAAGAGUAUUGUGAUUGCGGGUGACGGAGAUAGGUGGGUCCCGCCCUUGAGAGAACAGUUAAAAGCAUUAGAUCGUUACACUAGACCCAAUGCACCUGUAUUACUUGCAAUAGGAAACGAUGAUAUCAAUACAUUAUACGUCUCUUCGCCCUUUGGAAUGUCUAAAUGUAAAAAUAAGAUUUAUGUGGAUAUAAAUAAAACUAAGAAAAUAGAUUUUGAAAAGCUCAACCAACAAAUACAAGCUCGGUUUUUGGACCUGCCGUUAAGGAGGAAAACAAAUGUCCCAAUGACAAUGAUUGAUAGGAGGUUUGCCGAUGGUACAGAUCAUUUGAAUCCUAUUAAAUCGGUGGAAUAUCUUCCUCUGUAUCGGGACCAUUAUACCCCUGUUAUAUUUCUCAAAUGCAGUUAUGAGAAUGCCAAGAGGACCGCUAAACGCCUGGCAAUUGCAAGGAGAGCAUUGGAUGAUGCUAUUUCUCUAAAGUUCUCUCCAAACAUAUUUUAUUUGCAUUUGGAAUAUCCUAUUACAUUUGCAAUAUUGAGAACUAAAGGUUUUGUAUAUGCUCAAGUGGAACUCUGCGGUGUACGAGAUCCAAACAUUUCUACUGCUUUGUUUAAUUAUAUGAGGGAUCGCCAUUUAGAGGAGCUCGGCUAUAAAUUAGUAAAUCCUCAGGAUCAUUCGGAAGUUACAUUAAUAGAACCAGUAGAACGUAGGAAAGAUGAAGAUUUAUCUAAGAGUAUUGAAGAACCUCCUCCAUCCUAUGAUACUCUUUUUUAG